AUGCCCGAUCCCCCACACCCGUCAAUACCCCGCAACCAUGAUGGUUUACCAGCGCAGAGCGUAUCGUUAUAUUCCAGUCAAACGGCAUCGGUCUAUCAUCAUGGUCGAUGGCAUAAUGGCCAAUUCGCUGGCUCGUGCGGAAGCAGUGUGGUUCCAUAUGAAGGAACAUCUGACCGUACCUGGUCAGAGGCUACAGAUUCUCUUGACGAAAGAGACCUGGAUGAAAGCCCCGAAGACACCGAAACCACAGCAGACAUGAACAUGAGAUACGCACAAAACGAUGUCAUGUGGGAGCCAAGACAUCAAGGCCAUCCUACUGACCACAUAGCGUUUGCUGUGCCAGAUAACCAAGAGCUUAUCGCAUCACUCGAUUUCGCCAGCGCGGAUGCGAAUUUAUUUAACGCGCGCGACACGAUGGCAUUGUUGACCACAGCCUCGGAUGCGGAUUUUCUUGACGCUGAAUUCCAUUUAGAGAGCACCCCCUUUCACCUUAACCAUGUUAAUUCUUGA